UGGUGUAUGGAGAGAUCUCAUGAACGGAUACUCGUGGAUGAGAUGGAUUGACUGUGAGUUUACAUUCAACAACAGAACAACAUAAGAAUCGAUCUGGAUUUAUUUUCCACACAUCUGUGCUUGUGUUUGAAUGAAGUUUACAGAUUCAGACUCAAUCCAAACUGCUGAGGGUUCAUUUCAAGAAAGUCAUCUAUCUACUGGAGAGUUUCUGGCUGGACAGUUGUUUCGAGAUAUCACACAUACGCCAGACUCCACCAGACUGACGAGACUGUAUUUGUUUAUUUGGCUUCCCUCCCUCUACCCGUCCAUCUGGAUUCUUUCCUUCCCAUCCCCAUCUAACAUAUAUCACUCUUUCCCAUCAUGUGGAGCUUUCAGAACUUCCUCUUUCUCAUAAGUGUGUUUCAAACACUUCAAUGGGCAUCUAGCCACAGUCCCAACCCAUUUUCGGGGCCACAAGUGACACAUACGGACCCAUGCUAUGACGAGACAGGUGCCGCCCGCCGUUGUAUCCCGGAAUUCAUCAACGCGGCGUUUGGGCAGGAGGUCAGCGUGUCGAGCAUAUGCGGGCGGCCGCCAUCCCGCUCAUGUAGUUUAGUAGAACGUGACGACCGACCCGCCGUUCGCACAUGUCAGAUCUGUGACGCCUCAGAUCCUCACCACGCCCACCCCGCAUCCUACCUUACUGAUCUAAACUCCGCCCACAACCUUACCUGCUGGCAGUCCGAGAACUUGCAGGGCUCACCGCUGAACGUAACGCUCACGCUGUCACUCAGCAAGAAGUUCGAAAUCACGUACGUCAGCUUGCAGUUCUGUUCCCCUCGCCCCGAGUCACUGGCCGUCUACAAAAGCAUGGACUACGGGCGUACCUGGACGCCGUAUCAGUUCUACUCGUCGCAAUGUCGUCGAAUGUACAACCGACCGAACAAAGCGACGAUCACCAAGCAAAACGAACAGGAAGCUCUAUGCACAGAUGGAUACACUGAUCUGUACCCUCUUUCUGGUGGACUAAUUGCUUUUAGCACUCUAGACGGACGCCCAUCAGGGAAGGAUUUCGACUCUAGUCCUGUCCUGCAGGACUGGGUCACUGUUACUGACAUUCGAGUGGUCUUGAGUCGCCCGCAGCACCCAAGAGCGCCACCAAUGUCUGGCCGUGAGAUUGAAGACCCGCUCGGACCGACUGGGACGCUGCCUAUGUAUUAUUACGCGGUGGGUGACUUCCAGGUUGGCGGCAGGUGUAAAUGCAACGGUCACGCCUCCAGGUGUGUCCGAGAAAAGGACGGAAAGCUAGUGUGUGAAUGCAAGCAUAACACAGAGGGUCCGGAGUGUGACCGCUGCAAACCGUUUCACUACGAUCGACCCUGGCAACGCGCGACGGCGAAAGAAGCCUACGAGUGUUUACCGUGUAACUGUAACCUGCACGCACGGCGCUGUCGCUUUAAUAUGGAAUUAUAUAAGCUUUCUGGCCGUAAGAGCGGAGGAGUGUGUAUGAACUGCAGACACAACACUGCUGGACGACACUGUCAUUACUGCAAAGAGGGAUUCUACAGAGAUAUGGCCAAACCCAUCACACACCGCCGGGCCUGCAAAGCAUGUGACUGCCAUCCGGUGGGAGCCGCAGGUAAGACAUGUAACCAGACAACAGGUCAAUGCCCAUGUAAAGACGGGGUGAUGGGCAUCACCUGCAACCGCUGUGCUAAAGGAUAUCAACAGAGCCGAUCUCCCGUCGCCCCCUGCAUUAAGAUUCCUGUUAUAAAGACAACAGCUGUGAUCAGCACAACUGAGGAACCUUCAGAUUGUGAUUCUUACUGCAAACCACUGAAGGAAAAUCUAAAGAUAAACAUGAAGAAAUACUGCAAAAAGGACUAUGCUGUCCAGGUAAGCGUGUUGGACAUGGAGACCAUCGGCGACUGGGCCAAAUUUUCUGUUGGUCUGGUUUCCGUUUACAAGAGUCGUGGCGAGCCGCUGAAGAGAGGCGAUCAGGUACUGUGGGUCCAUAUGAAGGAUCUGGCGUGUAAAUGUCCACGAAUACACAUGGGCAAACGAUUCCUCAUUCUGGGCACUACUGAGGCCGCCACGAGUCCUGAACGCCCCGGACUGCUGGCAGACAAAAACAGCCUGGUCAUUCAGUGGAGGGACAUUUGGACUCGACGACUGCGCAAGUUUCAGCGCAAAGAGAAGAAAGGCAAGUGCAGUAAAACAUGAUGGGAUUGUAAGUGAACUCUAUAUUGACCACUGUCCUGUGUACGGAGGAGACUCCGGCAUCCGGCCAUUAGUACAGGAGGCCUAACUCUUUCCUGUGUGUUAUUUGAUGUAUCGUCCUGUUGGUCAGCCUUAUGAAGGGACCGUUAAAAAGACCACUGAAUCACACACACACACUGCAGACCUGAAGACUGAUUUCCUCUCAAACCCACAAUUUAAUUCAUCAAAUAUGAAAGACGUCCUCAAAUUACUAAGCAAAUGGAACGAUUCUGUCCACAUCUAGUUUCAUUAAGUAAAUUCAUCAAAAGGUCACACUGGUGCUCACCACAUGCUGCUCGGUACGGUUUUGAAAACCUCAAAAUCAUCAUCAUCGUCAUCAUUUAGAACUUUUUAAAGGGACAGUGCAACCAAAAAAAAGAAAGAAAAAAAAAAAAAAGAAACUGUCAUCAUUUACUCACGCUCAUGUCAUUCGUGUGAAUUUCUUCUUCCGUCGAAUACAAAAGGAGUGAUCUGUAGCAGAAUGUCCAAGUUGCUCUUUUCCAUACAGUGAAAGUAAAUGGUGACCACGACUUUUCAGUGAAUAACGUCUUUUUCUCAUGCAAAGCUAUCAUUAGGCUUCAGAAGAAUUGGAAUAUAACACACAAUUCGUACGGACUACUUAAAUAACAGAUUUUGUUUCAUGCUUCUAAGAGGGCAAAUGUAAAGCUGUCUUCAUUUACUGAUAAAACAGCUAUUAUGUAAUUGAGAAACAGUUCUCGUUCUUGUUUUGGAUGUUUUGAAAAUAUUGCAUGCAGUUGAUCCACCCUAAAUAUGUAUUUUAAUGUAAAUUGUAUUAAUCAUAACAUUAAUCAUGCAGCCUUAGUCAUACGGGUUUGAGACGACAUGAGGGUUAGUAAAUGAUGACAGAAUUUUUUAUUUUUUAUUUUAGGGGGUGAGCUAAUCCUUUAAAGCAUUUCCGUAGUAAUGGGAUGUGUCUUGUAUGUAUGGAUAUUGUUUUGAUACUGUGUGACUGUUGAAACUAUGAAACAGUAUUGAUCUGGUAAUUUUGAUCUAAAACAGUAUAGCGUGAACGUCAAUUAACAAUUUUAAGGCCAGAAACCUAUUGAGCUGCAACAUUUUAAAGCAUCAUAGGACGCAAAGGCUGUUCCAAAAGGUAAGGUUCCUCGUUUUCUUCUAUGUUACCACAUUUUAGACAAAAUCUAAUGCAGCAUCUCAAGUGUUUGUCUUUUUCUAACUAACAGGAGAGUUAAUUGAAGUAGUAUUAAAAUGUUAAUACUUUAACAAGCAUCCAUUGAUACACUAUAGUCUCACACACACCAUAUCAAAAUGCACACCGACCUUAGAAUGUGUCUGUAUUCAUGCUCAAGGCUUGAUGCCAUUUACAUACAUUAAAUAUAUACGAGUCUCAUUGCUGAAAUGCUGAAAUGCAGCAAUGAAUGUUCACAGAGUUCAGAAUGAAUACAUUUAUUGGAAAAUGAAAGUGUGUUUGUAUAAGAAUGAGACCCGGUGACUCUUUCUAUUAUUUCAAGUAUGUGAACCCUUUGGAAUUAGCUAGUUUUCUGCAUUAAUUGGUCAUUAAAUGUGAUCUAAUCUUCAACAAUGUUCAGAAGGAUUUCUGGACCAUUCUUCCAUACAGAACUGCUUCAGUUCAGCCGUAUUCUCAGGAUGUCUGGUGUGAACGGCUCUCUUGAGGUCAUUCCACAUCAUCUCUAUUGGGUUAAGGUCUGGGCUCUGACUAGAGGUGGAUUUUCUUUUUCUGAAAUCAUUCUAUAGUGGAUUUACUUCGAUGUUUAGGGUCAUUGUCCUGCUGCAUCACCCAACUUCUACUGAGCUUCAGCUGGUGCACAGCCACCCUGACAUUAUCCUGUAGGAUAUCUUGAUAAACUUGGGAAUUAAUUUUUCCCUCGAGAUGGCAAGGGGUCCAGGCCCCGAAGCUGCAAAGCAGCUCCAAAUCAUGAUGCUCCCUCCACCGUACUUCAGUGUUGGGAUGAUGUUUUCAUGUUGGUAUGCGGUGCCCUUUUUAUGCCAUACGUAGUGCUGUGAGUUCUUCCGUAGUGUUGUGGAGUGUCAAGGUUGUUUUUGGCAAACUUCAGGUGUGCAGCAAUGUUUUUGUUGGAAAGCAGCGGCUUUCUUCGUGAUUUCCUGCCAUGGACACCAUGCCUGUGCCAAUGAUUCUUAACCAGUUAACCAGUUCCAAUGAUCCUUUCAAGUCUUUAUCUGUCACUCGAGGUUUCUUUUUUACCUCACUGAUCAUUAUGCGGUGUGCCCUUUGAGUCAUUUUGGUUGAAUGGCCACUUCUAGAGAGAGUACCCAUAGUACUAAAUCUUAUCUAUUUAUAGACAGUUUGUCUAACAGUGGACAGAUGAAUAUCUGAGCUCUUUGAGAUAACUUUGUAACCCUUUCCAGCUUUAUGCAAAGCAACAAUUCUUGAUCGUAGGUCUUCUGAGAUCUCUUAUUUUGCGAGGCAUGGUCCACGUCAGCAGAUGCUUCUUGUGAAUAGCAAACUCAAAAUGUUUGAGUGCUUUUUAUAAGUCAGAGUAGCUGUAACACACACCUCCAGUCUCAUUUAAUUAAUUUGAUGCCUAGUUUUGCCAACUCCUGACUCUAAUUAGCUCUUGUUGACACCUUUAGCCUAGGGGUUCACUUACUUUUUCCAUAGCACUGUGAAUGUUUAAUGGGAUGUGAUCAAUAAAAUCAUGAAAGAUUGUAAUUGUUUGUGUGUUGUUAGCUUAAGCACAUUGUGUUUGACUAUACUUGUAACUUUGAUGAAGAUGAGAUCACAUUUUAUGACCAAUUAAUGCAGAAAAACAGCUAAUUCCAAAGGGUUCACAUACUUUUUCUUGCCACUGUACAUCACCAAUAAUAUCUUGAUUAAUAUGUCAAUAUUUCUGGAUACAUACAACUAAUAUCCUACACCAAACAACUAUCAAACAUUUUCAGAGAUUCAUUAUUGUUAAAUGCUUAGACUACAGUAGGGGUAUGGUCGGACAUGAAUUGAUUUUAGAUUUUAAACAUCUUUUUCUUUUCUCACUAUUUAAUUGGACUUCCAAAAGUUAAUACAUUACUACACAAAAUUUGCAAAAUCGCUUUAUUUACAAAAUGAUAACUGGACACUGAUCUCUGAAUUAAUCAUGCAAAGUAUUGAGGUAACAUGACAACAAAAUGCAUACUCUUUCACAUGCUAUAUAUAAAAAAUGUGGCUCGUUGUACGUAUCGUGGCGGUUUCCUGGUGAAAUUAACGUGCUACGACAACAAUGACUUUUAUUCCCUUUCACACAAAUGACAAGUAAAACGGCAGAUAAUCACUUUAUAAACACGUACUUUUCACCCUGUUCCUCACACAAUGCUAUCUUAUGACAUCUAAACACUUUUACUAUAGCGCAUGACUCAUUUUAACGUUUGCAUUACAUAACCAACUACUGUACAUGUACAACAUUGUUCGAGUGUGAUCAAAUAGUGCGGUAGCUCAACUGAUAGAGCGUUACACUUGUGAUGUAAAGGAGCGGGGUACGAGACCUGGAGAGCAUGCAAGUCAACGCGUGGGCCGGAAGUGUCAAAGAAGCACCACAAAAUGAUGUUAGUUGCAUUUUUCAUCUCACAUUUGCUUUUUCUAAAACUAUCGGUUAGGUUUAGGUUUAGGUUUAAGGUUUAGGGUAGGGAGGUCUGUUCUGUUGAUUUAAAACUCGAUAGUGCAUUAACCUUAAAAACCUCAUCUGUUUAGGAGAACAUUUAACUCACUUAUAGCGCCCCUCAGUGGACAUUUCCCCUCAGAACUGCCGCGAUACGUGUGAAAUGUUGCUGGUUUACAAGAGAAACUGACGUUACAGUUUGGAAAGCCAGUAUAGUCUAAUUAAAUAAAAGACAAAAUGGGGAAAGACUGAAUUCAGUUCCAAACAAAUAGAUGAAUGUCUCUUUGUGUCUGUGACUGCUUGUGUGAAUGUAUUUGUGUUUAUAUUUGUGUGCAAAAGUUUGGGAACCUCUGGCAUAAUACCAUGCUUUUUUUUUUUUAUUCAGUUUGUUUGGCAAAAACAUUUCAUUGCCAUCACAACUGAGCAUGUGUUAAAUAACAUUUGAGGUAAUGCAGCAAAUAAACAGGUAUUCUGCAGUUAAAUUGGCAGAAAAAUGCGGCAUAAGUUCAUUUAGCCAGGGGUGCAUAACUCUAUAUUUACAUAUCUGUGUGUGAAUGUAAAUGUCUUUGUGUGUAUAAUCACAUCCAUCAGUCUGAAUGUGUGUAUGGAUUUGUGUGUAUUGACAUGCAUUUGUAUGAAUGUGUACUGUAAAUACGUGAGUAAAAAUGCAGUUUGGUGAAAUUUAUGUUGUUCUACAUGAGGAAUAUCCAUCCGUCUAACUUACUGGGAGAGUUUAUCUCCCUCUUUUCACCUGUUGGUUUUCUGUUUCUGUGUUACUGCAAUGACCACUAAAUUAAUCAAAUAUACAAAAUAAAUUAUUAGUUGAUGUAUGUUUUCCUUCUGGUAUUUUACACAGAAUGAGAGUGAGUAUGUACUCAUAAUCAGUGUUGGGUGUAAUCUGAUUACAAAGUAAUUAGUUACUGUUCUAAUUACUUUUAAAUAAAAAAAAUAGUGUAACGUAUUCUUGUAAUUAGAUUACAGUUACUGACUUUCAGUUCAGGUACUUUCUUUUUAUGUACAUUACUUGGGUUACACACAUUUCUAAAAUAAUAUUAUUUAUGUACAACACAUUUAAAAUAUAUGAAUUUAUA